CUCUCACAGCGGGCUCGCUUUUCCACUUAUCGACCCCCACGGUUAUUAGGGCUGCCUUUGCCUCCAGGGACAAUCGAAGGUAGGUACCCGGCAAAUGGGCGGGGCUUGACGAAGGGUCAUACCCGUCGCAUUCCACCCUGACACCACCAGUUUCCUGCUUUCUCCAAAGUCGGCACCAAUCUAUCAGGAAGAUGGCGAGAGUUCGAACCUUUACCAGAUUAGUUUAGGAUUUGUUACUUUGAUAUAUAUCGAAAGGCGUAUCAUGCAACCAUUCUCAACGGGCAACACGAUGGCGACGGAGACCCCGACCAGUCUACCACCGGAGAAGGUGAGCUCGCCACCAUCCUCUCGGAACUUGACCUUCUCCAUAGCGAAGAUCAUGGAACCGGACAAACGUUUGACCGAACAAGCGAACCCAACUCAGACGGUUCAAGCAGCAGUGGUCCCACCGCCACCACCACCACCACCACCACCACCCCCAUCGACGACUACCGCAACACCCACGACCACUCCGGCUGGUAUCCUUCAUCAGGCAUCAUCUCAUUUCCCAGCACUGAGCCAACGUUACUCCGCUCAUUUGGAAUCGGCGUUCAAAAAAUACGUGCCAACGUUGAGGCAUCAGAAUCUUUAUCCCCUCCUCUACUAUAAUCCGAGUCCGUUGUUAAGGGCCUUUCCAGGUUCGCCAGCUACCACUCCGAGCGUAGCCCAAACCUCCCCACCACCGAGUUCUGUUCAGGACACUUACGUUUCCUCGAGGUUUAGCCUGGUCACAAUAACGCCGGAAAAUCAACGCGGCAAAAAGGGUUCCGUUCAAGACACUUCUUCCAUUUCAUCGAGGCUCAGCUUGAGGACGAUCUCACCGGAAAGUCAACGGGGAAAGAAAAGUCCAACUCCUCGUAACGAGAUAAACGGUACUAACAAACAAAAAACGUUCACCUGUUCUGAAUGCGGCAAAGUUUUCAACGCACAUUACAAUCUAACGCGUCACAUGCCGGUGCACACGGGAGCACGGCCAUUCGUAUGCAAGAUAUGCGGAAAGGGAUUUCGUCAGGCUAGUACUUUGUGCAGGCAUAAGAUCAUUCACACUGCUGAAAAACCACACAAAUGUCAGACCUGCGGUAAAGCGUUUAACAGGAGUUCAACAUUGAAUACUCACACGCGCAUACACACCAAUUACAAACCUUACAGGUGCGAGGUCUGCGGCAAGGGAUUUCAUCAGAAAGGAAAUUACAAGAAUCACAGGUUGACGCAUAACGACGAGAAAGCUUACAAGUGUACCGUAUGCAACAAGGCAUUCCAUCAGAUCUACAAUCUUACUUUUCACAUGCACACCCACAACGAUAAGAAACCGUUCUCAUGUAAGAUAUGCGGAAAAGGAUUUUGCAGGAAUUUCGAUUUGAAGAAACACAUGAGAAAAUUACACGACUCUGGGUUACCCGUAUUGGCUGGGCUCGGUACUUCCAGUCAAAGCCAUAACCAACAACCGGGUUACUCGUCGAUGCAUCAACCAACCGAUGGACGUUCCUUCGUCAGUCCGUUCCUCUUACCGCCACCAAAUUCAACCAGUUAUCUCACUAAAAUGUUGUGACAUAGUGAGAACAUUCCUUAUCCGAGGAAAACUCAAUGCCCAUUGAUGUUGGCUCCACCCUGUUACGCCGGGGACAUCGCUCAAUUGGCUCAACCAUCUAAAUGAGAGGAAAACCAACCACGUCUACCUGAGACUGACCGAAGUAACAACAACAACAACAAAAAGAUUUAACUAAGAAUAAAAGAAAAAAGAAGAUAAGAUAUAUCCCCGACGAUCUUAUAGAGAAGAAAAAAAAAAAGAAGAAGAAAAAAGGGAAAAAAAAAAACAUUUAUCUCUCUCAGAUUUAGGAAUAAAAUGUCAUCCAACAGAAAUCCCGAUUACGGGACAAAUGCAGUCCUGGCCCUACUGAAAUUUGGAUCAAAGGCGAAUUAUGUUCCCCAACAUGGUAGAACUCUUUUGAACCUAAUCGAGUAGCAAUUCAGGAGUCCACUGGGAACGAUUACACCUGUUUCGGCUAAAAGACGUCUUUGCAAUUCACGCGAGAACAAAUUCUAAAUCGUUCUUAAUCGUUACUGUGUGACGGGAUUUAUAGUUCGAGUAUUAACCCUCGAACAUUUAUCAUUCUCAUCGUUCUUAUUCAGUGAAUAAAGGUAUUGUUCACUUAAACGUUAACACACGAUUAUGAUGAUGAUGACGAUGAUGGACAAUCAUCAUUGUGACAAUUAAAUCAGUUUCCUGAAGAUUAGUGGAAACACUUCAGUGUUUUGAUCUUGCGUACGUAAAAAUAAUCUAAAUGAAAAGAACUUUGAAAAAUAAAAAAAAGAAACACGAAAAGAGGAAACUGAUAAAUAUAUCGAACAAAUCAAAGGAUUAUCGAUUAAGAUCGGUACGCUUCUUUAUCGAUGACAUUAACUAGUAUGUGUAAAUAUUUGUAUAUAUUUGUAUGUGCAAAGCAAAUACAUGGAUACAUGGUUUGCGUUAGAUUCUACGUGGAUGAUGUAUAUGCGUGUGUGUGCGUGCGUGUAUGCAUGCGUGAGUGAAUGAACGAAUGUGCAUAAGAGUGAAAAUAAUAAGAAUAUAAAUGAAAAUAUAUAUAUAUAUAUGAAAUCGAUUAUGAUCACGUAAAUUUGUAAUUAAAUACUUAGGCAUAAUCGUUUGUGUGACACAACACGAUUCUCAAAAUAAUGAUCGUUCGAGAAACACGAUUAAUUGAAAUCAAACACACUCGUAUGGAUCUCAAGACAUGAUUAGAAAUAUAUAUAUAUAUAUAUAUAUAAAAAAAACAAGUCCCCCCCCCCAAAAAAAAACAAAAAAGAAAAUUACAAAUAAAACGUUUGUGAACGAGGAGGAAACAAAAAAUUAUAAAAUCCUAGUUAUGAUUGAUAUAUCAUUUAGAGAGAAGAUAUUAACAAAAAAGAAAAGAAAAAAAAAAAACAGAAAAAGGAAAAAAAAAAA